AUGAUGGUCAAUAAAUUGGUCAUCGCCAUUUUCUUAGUGGCGUUGGCAGUUGGGGUAAGUUAUCAAAACUUAUUCUUGAAUUAGCCUACGUGAUCUUUGAAAAAAAUAAUUUCGAAAUGUCUAGCCAUAGAAAUUGCGUCAUGUUUUUAUGAAUAAUGAAAAUUUAACGGUGUUUUGAAUCGAAAAUUAUAUACUUAACAAUAUUUGAAAAUACCCAUGAAAAUAGUUAAUUUGAUAUUUUGAACCGGAAAGAAGUGUUUAAAAAUAGUUUUGAAAUUUUUUUAUCAAAAAAUUUUGAAAAAAUCAAAAACAGUUCUGUGUCUAUAAGCAGAUAACAAUUUGAUCAAAACAUAGAUAUAACUAGUGACACUAGCAAACUUUCUAUGGUGUGAUAAUUUUUCUUACAAGUCUGAACAAGACUAUGAGUAGGGUCCGAUAAUUUCUACAAACCUAAACUCAAGUUUUCAGUCAAUCGAAGGAAGACAUCGUCGUCAUCUUGAUUCCUGGCUGACCGCUGAACAAAAAGAACAAUUGAAAGAUUUGUCUCACUCCUCACAAGAAUACAAGACAAAAGUCAGCGAAUUCUAUGCGGUUUUACCUGAGGAUCAAAAACUCAAAUGGGACAAAGUUUAUGAGGAUAAAUGUUUCGAUUGGACUUCCCGAGUUCAAAGUCAAGACAAAGAAAGCGAUUUCAGAGAACUGUUGGCAUCAAAAAAUGUUGAAGCUGUUGAAGAACGAAUCAAUGAAUUGAAACAGGAAUUGGGAAGUGAACAUAGACAAUUGGUUGAUUUGUGGAUGAAAGAAUGUUUGGAAUUGGUGAAAAAAGGAGUUUCUGCAAGAAAUAGAAGAAAUGUUAAUGCUGAUAAUGUUGUUAAAGAUUUUAUUGGAUGGAUGAGUCCCGAACAAUUGUUAAAGAUCAAAGAUUUGAAAGCUGCUGGAACUGCAGAAGAUGAAAUUAAAGCAACUGUGAAAGGAUUCUUCAAUGAACUUCCAGCUGAACAACAAGCUACACUCAAAGAAGAAUUCAAAGGAAAAUGCAGAGUAAGCUUACUUCAACAAUAUCAGAAGAUGAAAUCAAUCUUAUUUCAGACCUACUUCAAACCACUUCUCACUGAUGAAGAAUCAGAGAAAAUCAAAUCCUUGGCUGGAUCUGAUAAAGCCGCUGCAGGAGCUCUCAUCAAAGGAGUUGUUGAUCGUCAAACUGGUGAUGUAAAAGUAACAGCUACCAAAAUGUUCUCACUUUGUGGAGAAGUUUAUAAAGAUGCAUCGAGAAAACGCAGAGAGAUUGAUAAUACUAUCAAAGAAUUUUUGGGAUGGUUAAAAGCAGAUCAAUUGGCUAAAAUUGGAGAAUUGAAAGCUGCAGGAAAAUCUGAAGAAGAAAUCAAAACAACAGUCAAAGGGUUUUUCAACGAACUUCCAGCUGAACAACAAACAUCACUCAAGGAGGAAUUCAAAGGAAAAUGCAAGGUAAUUUCAUCAGUCAGAUUGUUGAAACUAAAUAAAGUAAUCAUUUGCAGGUUUUCUUCGGACCACUUUUGAAUGAAGACGAAAAGGCUAAAAUCGAAACCUUGAAAAAUGAUAAACCAGCUGCCGGAGCUCUAAUCCAAGGAGUUGUUGAGAGACAAACUGGAGAUGCUAAAGUUACCGCUCAAAAAAUGUUCACAUUUUGCGGAGAAGUAUUCAAAGAUGCUUCAAGAAAACGAAGAGAAAUCGACAGUGCUUUCAAAGAUUUCUUAGGAUGGUUGAAACCAGAACAAGUUGCAAAGAUCGGAGAAUUGAAAGCUGCAGGAAAAUCUGAAGAAGAAAUCAAAACCACAGUUAAAGGGUUUUUCAACGAACUUCCAGCUGAACAACAAACAUCACUCAAAGAGGAAUUCAAAGGAAAAUGCAAGGUAAUCUAAUCAGCCAGAUUGUUUAAAGAUGAAAUCAAUCUUAUUUCAGACCUACUUCAAACCACUUCUCACUGAUGAAGAAUCAGAAAAAAUCAAAUUAUUGGCUGGAUCUGAUAAAGCCGCUGCUGGAGCUCUCAUCAAAGGAGUUGUUGAUCGUCAAACUGGUGAUGUAAAAGUAACAGCUCAACUAAAAUGUUCUCACUUUGUGGAGAAGUUUAUAAAGAUGCAUCAAGAAAAAGAAGAGAAAUCGACAGUGCUUUCAAAGAUUUCUUGGGAUGGUUGAAACCAGAACAAGUUGCAAAGAUCGGAGAAUUAAAAUCUGCAGGAAAAUCAGAAGAAGAAAUCAAAACUACAGUUAAAGGAUUCUUCAACGAACUUCCAGCCGAACAACAAUCUACACUCAAAGAAGAAUUCAAAGGAAAAUGCAAGGUAAUAUAGUCAGUCAAGAUUGUUAAAACUAAGUCAUGAUAACUUUCAGGUUUUCUUCGGACCACUUCUGAAUGAAGACGAAAAAGCUAAAAUCGAAACCUUGAAAAAUGAUAAGCCAGCUGCCGGAGCUCUAAUCCAAGGAGUUGUCGAGAGACAAACUGGAGAUGCUAAAGUUACCGCUCAAAAAAUGUUCACAUUUUGUGGAGAAGUAUUCAAAGAUGCUUCAAGAAAACGAAGAGAAAUCGACAGUGCUUUCAAAGAUUUCUUGGGAUGGUUGAAACCAGAACAAGUUGCACAGAUCGGAGAAUUGAAAGCUGCAGGAAAAUCUGAAGAAGAAAUCAAAACUACAGUUAAAGGAUUCUUCAACGAACUUCCAGCUCAACAACAAUCUACACUCAAAGAAGAAUUCAAAGGAAAAUGCAGAGUAGGUUUUAAUUUAAAGAUAUUUAUGAUAGAAUUCUGAUUAUAGACAUAUUUCAAACCACUUCUCACUGAUGAAGAAUCAGAAAAAAUCAAAUCCUUGGCUGGAUCUGAUAAAGCCGCUGCUGGAGCUCUCAUCAAAGGAGUUGUUGAUCGUCAAACUGGUGAUGUAAAAGUAACAGCAACUAAAAUGUUCUCACUUUGUGGAGAAGUUUAUAAAGAUGCAUCAAGAAAAAGAAGAGAAAUCGACAGUGCUUUCAAAGAUUUCUUGGGAUGGUUGAAACCAGAACAAGUUGCAAAGAUCGGAGAAUUAAAAUCUGCAGGAAAAUCAGAAGAAGAAAUCAAAACUACAGUCAAAGGAUUUUUCAACGAACUUCCAGCCGAACAACAAUCUACACUCAAAGAAGAAUUCAAAGGAAAAUGCAAGGUAAUUUCAUCAGUCAAGAUUGUUGAAACUAAAUAAAGUAAAAUUCAGGUUUUCUUCGGACCAUUUUUGAAUGAAGACGAAAAAGCUAAAAUCGAAACGUUGAAAAAUGAUAAACCAGCUGCCGGAGCUCUAAUCCAAGGAGUUGUCGAGAGACAAACUGGAGAUGCUAAAGUUACCGCUCAAAAAAUGUUCACACUUUGCGGAGAAGUAUUCAAAGAUGCUUCAAGAAAACGAAGAGAAAUCGACAGUGCUUUCAAAGAUUUCUUGGGAUGGUUGAAACCAGAACAAGUUGCAAAGAUCGGAGAAUUGAAAGCUGCAGGAAAAUCUGAAGAAGAAAUCAAAACUACAGUUAAAGGAUUCUUCAACGAACUUCCAGCUGAACAACAAACUACACUCAAAGAAGAAUUCAAAGGAAAAUGCAGAGUAAGCUUACUCAAAAAUGUCAGAAGAUAAAACCAAUCUUAUUUCAGACCUACUUCAAACCACUUCUCACUGAUGAAGAAUCAGAGAAAAUCAAAUUAUUGGCUGGAUCUGAUAAAGCCGCUGCUGGAGCUCUCAUCAAAGGAGUUGUUGAUCGUCAAACUGGUGAUGUAAAAGUAACAGCAACUAAAAUGUUCUCACUUUGUGGAGAAGUUUAUAAAGAUGCAUCGAGAAAAAGAAGAGAAAUCGACAGUGCUUUCAAAGAUUUCUUGGGAUGGUUGAAACCAGAACAAGUUGCAAAGAUCGGAGAAUUGAAAUAUGCAGGAAAAUCUGAAGAAGAAAUCAAGACAGUAGUCAAGGGAUAUUUUAAUGAACUACCAACUGAACAACAAUCUACACUCAAAGAAGAAUUCAAGGGAAAAUGCAAGGUAAUUUAAUCAGUCAAGAUUGUUGAAACUAAAUAUAGUAAAAUUCAGGUUUUCUUCGGACCACUUCUGAAUGAAGACGAGAAAGCUAAAAUCGAAACUUUGAAAAAUGAUAAACCAGCUGCCGGGGCUCUAAUCCAAGGAGUUGUUGAGAGACAAACUGGAGAUGCUAAAGUUACCGCUCAAAAAAUGUUUACACUUUGUGGAGAAGUAUUCAAAGAUGCUUCAAGAAAACGAAGAGAAAUCGACAGUGCUUUCAAAGAUUUCUUGGGAUGGUUGAAACCAGAACAAGUUGCAAAGAUCGGAGAAUUAAAAUCUGCAGGAAAAUCAGAAGAAGAAAUCAAAACUACAGUUAAAGGAUUCUUCAACGAACUUCCAGCUGAACAGCAAUCUACACUCAAAGAAGAAUUCAAAGGAAAAUGCAAGGUACACUAGACAACAAUAACUAACAGUCUGAAUCAUAAUCAUUUGCAGGUUUUCUUCGGCCCACUUCUGAAUGAAGACGAAAAGGCUAAAAUCGAGACUUUAAAAAACGACAAGCCAGCUGCCGGAGCAUUGAUCAAAGGAGUUGUUGAUCGUCAAACUGGUGAUGUAAAAGUAACAGCUAACAAAAUGUUCUCACUUUGUGGAGAAGUUUACAAAGAUUCUUCAAGAAAAAUGAGAAGAGAUGUUCGCCAAAAAAUCGAGAAACAUUUGGCUUGGCUCAGACCAGAGGAAAAGGAGGUAGGCUAUUUUUUCUUACUUACUCCAAAUUCUGAGUGAAUCCAAUUCGAUUUCAAUUUCAGACUAUCAUUCAAAUGACAAAUGAGGGAAAGAGCAAAGAAGAAAUCAAAAGCAAAUUGUAUGAAUUCAUCACAGCACACGAAAAAGAUAGUUCACAGAAAGAGAAGACAAUUAAAAACUGUUAUGCCUGGAUGGAUGAAGUUGCGACAAAAGAAGAAAUCGAGAAUUUGCAUAAACUUCAUCAUAUUGAUCAUGGAGCUUGUAAAGGAAAAGUUAGAGAAUUCAUCUCAAGAUUAUCAGUCGAAAAACAAAAAGCUGUAGAAGCAUCUUUGCCAUUCUGCGAAAAACUUUGGUAUGGUUCACACGAUGAACAUACUGGACACAAUCACGAUUCUGGAGAUAAUCACGAAGGACAUCAACAUCACGGGCAUCAUCAUAGAAAACGCAGACAUUUGACAGUUCUCAGUAAAUAUAUUGAAUGGAUGAGUGAAAAACAACAAAGAGAGAUUCAAAAGAUGGAAAAAGAGGGAAUCGAAUUCACUCAAAUCUCCGAAAAGAUUCGCGAAUAUUUCAAACAAUUACCAGAAGAUCGACAAAAUCAAUUGAAAGCAACAUUCAAAGACCGUUGUUUGACAUGGGCAAAAGAAGUCUCGUUGCCAAAAGAAUGGGCAGAAAUCAAGAAAUAUUACAGUGAAAAAGAGUGGAAAUUGUUGAAAGAAAAAUUGGUGGAAUUGGAGGAACGUUUGACUGAAAAUCAAAAACAUACAAUUGAACAUGUUCGUGGAGUUUGUUAUCGUCUUUGGUCAAUUCCACAUGAGAAAUUGUUUUGA